GGAACUGAAAUUCACCUUAAAGAAGAAAAAAGAAGAAAAGGAUCAGAGAAUGGGGAAGGAGAUUGCUUUGCUAAUGGUGGGGAUGGUAAUGGCAGAGUGGGCUCAAGUUGAACUAAUGAUAAUGGGAAAAGCAGCAAUGUCCCAUGGGAUGCCUAACUUGGUCUUCGUCUUUUAUUCCAAUGUUCUUGCGUCUCUCAUUCUCCUCCCUUCUUCCUUUCUCUUCCACAGAUCACACCGUCCUCCGCUCACUUUCUCUAUUCUAUGUUGGUUUUUCCUGCUUGGCCUUCUUGGUUGUUUUGCCCAGAUUACUGGGUAUGCUGGGAUAUAUUAUAGCUCGCCUACUCUUGUAACUGCAAUACUUAAUCUCAUCCCAGGUUUCACCUUCAUCCUUGCUGUUGCUUUCAGUGUCCAUUUCCUGUUUCUUUCCCCUCUUUGUGUUGAGGGGAGUUGAUAUAUUCAUGGAAGAUAGAACUAAUGCCAUCUAAUUCAACUAGAUUAGGGAUAACGUAUAAGAGGACAAUGGAAUGUAAGGCUAUUUUAUCUCUGUCCUCUUCAUUUUCUCUGUUUGACACUUGUAUCCAACACGUAUUCAGACAUGAUUAUGGGCUGUAAUUCUCGAAAUAUAGGGGAAAACUU